GGCCCGGAGGUGACGCGGCGGGCGCGGCGAUGGCGGCGGCUGCGGAGGAGGCGCGGCUGCUGGCCUGGCUGCGCGGCCCGGCGGCGCCCGGCGGCCCCGAGCUCGCCGCUUAUGUGUCGGAGCUGGCGGCGCUGGGGCUGGCGGAGCUGGGCCGGGAGCCGGCGCGGUUGGCGGCGGAGCGGGCGCGGGUCGGGGCCGAGACGCGCCGCCUCGCCUUCGAGCACUACCGAGCCUUCAUCCGCUCCGCCGAGUGCACCGGCCGCGCCGGCCGCGGCUUCGGCGGCAUCGAGAGCCGCCUCGGCAGCCUGCUGGAGCGGCUGCCCGCGCUGCAGGACGCCUGCCGGACCUUCAUGCGCGAUGCCGAAGCCAUUGCCUGCAGCCGGCGCAUGAACAGCCUGACCCUGAACCGGCACACGGAGAUCCUGGAGAUCCUGGAGAUCCCGCAGCUCAUGGACACCUGUGUCCGGAACGGCUACUACGAGGAGGCGCUGGAGCUCACGGCCUACGUGCGCAGGCUGGAGAGGAAGCACAGCAACAUCCCCGUUAUCCAGAGCAUCGUGGAGGAGGUGCGCCAGUCAGCCCAGCUGAUGCUGAACCAGCUGAUCCAGCAGCUGCGCACCAACAUCCCGCUGCCCGCCUGCCUGCGCGUCAUCGGCUUCCUGCGCCGCAUGGACGUGCUCACCGAGGCCGAGCUGCGUGUCAAGUUCCUGCAGGCGCGGGACGCCUGGCUGCGCUCCACGCAGGCCUCCAUCCCCGAGCACGACCCCUACGUGCACAUCACCAAGACCAUCGAGGCCUGCCGCGUGCACCUGUUCGACAUCGUCACCCAGUACCGCGCCAUCUUCUCGGACGAAGAGCCGCUGGUGCCAGCCGAGGCGGCGGCGCCGGGCGAGGGGGCCAUCUUCCACAGCUGGGUGCUACAGAAGGUCUCCGAGUUCCUGCGGACGCUGCGGCGCGACCUGGAGCGCGGCGUGGGGGGCCGGCUGGACUCGCUGCUGGGGCAGUGCAUGUACUUCGGGCUGUCCUUCAGCAGGGUGGGCGUGGAUUUCCGCGGGCAGCUGGCCCCCCUCUUCCAGCGCGUGGCCGCCGACACCUUCCGCAAGGCGGUGGAGGAGGCGGUGGAGAAAUUCCGGGAGGAGAUGAAUUCCUACACGCUGAUCUCGGCUCCAGCCGUGCUGGGGGGCGGUGCAGGAGUGCCGGUGCCCACAGCCCAGCCUGGGACGCUGCAGCCCCCCAUGGUGCUGCUGGACUUCCCACCCCUUGCCUGCUUCCUCAACGGGCUCCUUGUUGCCUUCAAUGAUCUGCGGCUCUGCUGCCCCAUCGCCCUGGCACAGGACGUCACCGCCUGCCUGGACAGUGCCCUUGGUGAGGUGACCAAAACCAUCUUGGCCUUCCACCGUGCUGAGGAGGCAGCUUUCAGUGGGCGGGAGCAGGAGCUCUUUACCCAGUUUUGCACAGCCUUCCUGGAGGACCUGCUGCCCUACCUGAACCGCUGCCUCCAGGUGCUUUUCCCUCCAACACAGAUUGCACAGGCACUGGGCGUGGACGAGCUGGGGAUGCCUGUGAGCUGGGAGGCGUCGGGCUGGGCCGCCCGGAUCAUCCAGCACGAGAUGGACCACCUGGAUGGGAUCCUCUACAUCGACCGCAUGGACCCCCGCACCUUCACCAACGUGGGCUGGAGGGAGCAGCUGGACUGAGCCUGGGCGAAGAACCAGCGCAGCUCUGGGGCUCCCACUCAGCUUUAUUGCAGCCAAUACAGACCUGUGGCCUCA